GACAACAGACCUAACUGGGCGGCAGCUGCAGCAGAGAGCCUGGGCACCCAAUGUCACCGGGCAGUGGGGAUAGGAUGGAUUUGGCACAAAGGUUGGUAAACAUGGCUGUCACGGAUUCACGAAGAUACGGUGCACACCCAAAGUGUUCUGGCGGUCACCCUGUGGCUGCACCCUGACACGAUCACCUGUUCAUCCUCACUCUUUCAACCUCUCACAUCCUUCUUCUCUUCCCUCCUCCUCACCCCGUGGCCUAUUAAUACCCCGGAGACACAAAAGGUUAAAGCCUCCGCCGACAGCAGUGAGCAUGAAAACAAUAUUACAUGCUUUCUUGGAUCUUCAGACACAGCUAUAAGUGGGGGAAAGUGGAAGGUUGACAGAGGAAAUUCACAAAUUUCAACAGCUUAACAGCUUUAAGCCUCCAGUGAUAAACUGACCACAUUAUUCUUUUGUGGCUAGCUUCAGCUGUAGCUUAAGCGAGAGAUUUUGGAUAAAGGAUGGGCUCUUAGAUUUUAAAUGUGUUGAAAUAUUGAGCUGAUUUAUAAAAAGAAGCUGUAAAUAAUAUUUCUGUGUUGACUGAGUUGCAAUGAAAAAUAUGAAAGGAUUUGCUUUGGAAGUGGCUCACACACCUGAAGUGUGGGUCUGCGGAGAUGUUAAGGGAGCAGCAGCCUUCAGCUCAUCUUCAUUGUUGGCUAUGGCCUAAGCCCACUCCAGCCUGAGCGUCCCUCGCAGGAUGACUGCUGUCUGCCCCUCUGAGGGCAGACCAGAUGGGGCUCAAGCCGGGACCGGGACAGCAGGCACGACUGGGAACAGCUCAGUUUCGGGAGCAGAUUCCAGAGAGUCUAAUGGAGACUCUGUUGGAGGGUCCACUGUAGGGAAAGUUGUAGUUUCUGGGGGACAAAGGUAUACCCGCUGGAGCCGGCAGGACAGCUCUGACAUCAACACAGAUGAUGAAGGAGCCACUGUCCGCCAACUUACUCCUCUGGAAAGGCUGAACCUGGAUAUGUGUCAGGAUGAAAGGGUGGUCCGUGAGCUGACAGUGGGCAGAAGAAUUGCCUUCUACAAGAUUCGUGGCGAGAUAGGGUGUGGAAAUUUCUCCCAUGUCAAACUAGGAAUUCAUGCUCUUACAAAAGACAAAGUGGCCAUUAAGAUCUUAGACAAAACAAAGUUGGAUCAGAAGACUCAGAGGUUGCUUUCCAGAGAGAUCUCCAGCAUGGAAAAACUGCACCACCCGAAUAUCAUACGCCUAUAUGAGGUGGUGGAGACUUUGUCACGGCUACACUUGGUGAUGGAGUAUGCAGGUGGAGGCGAGCUCUACACUAAGAUUACUACAGAAGGAAAACGUUCUGACACUGACAGCAAGAUUGUCUUUGCUCAGAUCCUCUCGGCUGUUAAGCACAUGCAUGAAAAUAACAUCAUCCAUCGUGACCUAAAGGCAGAAAAUGUCUUUUAUACAAGCAGCUCUUGUGUCAAAGUUGGGGACUUUGGAUUUAGCACACUGAGCCGCCGUGAUGAGACACUCAACACUUUCUGUGGCUCUCCACCCUACGCUGCUCCAGAACUCUUCCGGGACGAGCAUUAUGUGGGAGCUUAUGUAGAUAUUUGGGCUUUGGGUGUCAUGCUGUUUUUUAUGGUGACAGGCACCAUGCCAUUCAGGGCAGACACUGUGGCCAAACUAAAGAGAUGCAUAAUGGAGGGGGCCUACGUACUACCCUCUUGGGUGCCAGAGGCAUGCCAGAAGCUCAUCAGGGGGAUCCUCCAGCCCAUACCGUCUGAUCGCUAUACAGUGGAGCAGAUAAUGGGCUGUGAAUGGCUACUCCCUGUGGAAUUCCCAUGUGCCAUGGACCCCUUUAAGCUAGAUCCAUUUCAUCUUGCUGAAAGCAAACCAGCUGAACUGCUGGAGGAAGAACUGGAGGUAAAGGCUGCAUUAGAGACUCUAGGAAUCACUUCUGAGCACAUCUUCAACAACCAGGGGAAAGACUGCAGAAGCUCCAUCACUGGGGUCUAUCGGAUCCUGCUACACCGGGCUCAGAAGAAACGGGUCAUUGAAAGGAGGCCUGCGGUCACACAGAAAGUUGGACCAAUUACAACAAAUAAGAAGGAGCGUCUAAAAGUGUAUCGUAGUUUACGCCACACAUCUAAACUCUGUGUGAUUCUGUGACAAAAAAUGUAUGCUUCGCAUUGGAAGUUCACUGAUUAUACAGUCUGGGGGGAAAUUGCACGCAUUACAUUAGUGACGCUUUUCAGUCCAGUAGUAUAAAUAAAAGUAAUAGUACUAAAACCUCACUCAGCUGCUAAAACUUGAUAUUUCUUAUGUAUUAUCUUUUCUUUUUACUGUUAAUUUAGUCUCUGUGAGAAGGCUGCAGGCAGUUUAUCAAUAAUAUUUCUUUUGUUCUGAAAUAGAAUUUUUAUCAGAUUUAAAAUGGUCUGGAAUGUAAAUUAUUAAAGUCAACAUAUUGGUUAGAUAGCUAAUAAAUUAAUUUGGGUCACACAGACAGUAUACCUUUAGCUAACAUCAGUUCUAUGCUUCAUUGUUGGAAUUACUAGAAGCCCUAUAGGAACUAAUAUAAAAGAAAAAGGCUAAAAACUGUUUAUCAGUGACAUGGAAACUAAAACAUACAUUCAAUACAUGUGGUUUGUUUAAUUGCACCUUUCAUUAAUGCCUUUGUUUUUUAUUGGUUUGAAAUAAAACAGGUUUCAGUAAUGUUUGUGAAGAUACAAAUAGAAGGUUCACAUAUGUGAUGUGUCUCUAUGAGAUGUUCCAAAUAUUUACCUCACUGACCUCAAUAUGUUGCAUUUUGACCUAAAAAGGUCAGUAUAUUAAAAUAAGCUUUCAAUUAAGAUAUACCAAUUUGCAGAACAUUAAUUCAUGUGGUAAAACAUCACUUUCAGGUUUCAGGACUGAGAUGAAUUAUCUUAGAAUAUCAGAUUUUCUUAAUCAUGCCAUGUCAAUGCUAAUGUGCUGAUUGAAAUAAAUGUUAAAUGAAAACCAAA